AUGGGAAAACGGAGCGGAAAAAGGCCUGUGCUCGGGAAGGCGGUGGGGCCCACUCUCGAGCAUAUCGAGAGGGACGGCACGCGGGACGACGACAUUUUGAAGCCGCGGAUCGGCGGAUUCAAAAUGAAUUGCUGCGGAGGCUCGAGCGCGACCGAGCCCGUCAAAGUCGACUGGAAGCUGAAGGCGCACCCGGUGAUCAAGCGCGGCACGCCGUUCCUGCUGUGCGUGCUGGACGGAUGGGGCGAGAACCGCGAGGACGACUACAACGCCAUCUUCAAGGCCUCGAUUCCCACCAUCAAGGCCCUCAAGAAUGGCGCCCCCGCCCGCUGGCGCACCAUCAAGGCCCACGGCACCGCCGUCGGCCUGCCCAGCGAUCAGGACAUGGGCAACAGCGAGGUCGGCCACAAUGCCAUGGGUGCCGGCAAAGUCAUCGAGCAGGGGGCUGGACUUGUCGAUACUGCCCUGCGCAGCGGGAAGCUUUACAAGGAUAAAGGUUUCGCGUACAUCAAGCAAGCAUGGUUCAAUGCACCGGGGACGCAGCACUUCAUUGGGCUCGUUAGCGAUGGAGGCGUGCACUCCAGAUAUGAUCAACUGGCGGCCUUGAUGAAGGGUUGUUUUGAACAGGGGUGCAAGAAAAUCCGGGUUCAUGGUCUCACGGAUGGCCGAGACUGUGCCGAAGGGUCGAGCAUUAAGUUCUUUACAGAAAUGGAAAAGGACUUGGAGGCCUUGCGUAAGAAAGGUUGCGACGCCAGAGUUGCGUCUGGAGGUGGUCGCAUGUUCGUUACGAUGGAUCGCUAUGAGGCAGACUGGAAGAUAGUCGAGCGUGGGUGGCACGCCCAUGUGCUUGGAGAGGCUCCUCACAAGUUCCAAAAUGCUGUAGAAGCGAUCACGACAAUAAGGAAGAACGACCCUGAUACAAACGAUCAGUACCUACCACCUUUCGUGAUCGUUGAUAAGAGUGGAGCUCCGGUUGGUCCUAUCGUGGAUGGUGAUGCUGUGGUAAUUUUCAACUUCCGUGCGGACAGAGUUGCUCAGUUGAGCAAGGCAUUCGAGUACGAGGACUUCAAGAAGUUUGACAGGAAAAGAUAUCCUAAAGUGAAAUUUGCGGGGAUGAUGCAGUAUGAUGGGGAUCUCAAGCUUCCUAAAAACUACCUUGUAUCUCCUCCACUGAUUGAACGUACUUCAGGUGUAUAUUUGGUGAAGAAUGGAGUCAGGACAUUUGCUUGCAGUGAAACGCAAAAAUUCGGCCACGUUACAUUUUUCUGGAACGGGAAUCGUUCUGGUAAGCUGGAUGAGAAGCUUGAGACUUAUCUAGAGAUUGUUAGUGACACUUGUCCCUUCAACGAGAAACCGAAGAUGAAGGCUGAUCAGAUUGCGAAGGCUGCUAAGGAAGCUAUUCUUUCUGGUAAAUAUGACUUUAUACGGGUGAACUUGGCGAAUGGAGACAUGGUGGGGCAUACUGGGGACUUUGGUUCGGUCCUAGUUGCCUGUGAAGCAGUUGAUAAAGGCGUUAAGCUUAUGUUGGAUGCCAUAAAGCAGGUUGGAGGUAUAUACAUGGUUACAGCAGACCACGGAAACGCUGAUGAUAUGGCCCAGCGUAACAAGAAGGGUGAAGCUUUGAAAGACGAGGAAGGAAAUGCCAUACCAUUGACAUCACAUACAUUAGCUCCGGUCCCUUGCGCGAUUGGUGGCCCAGGACUUCCAGCCAACAUUAAGUUUCGGUCCGACCUGCCCAAUGCGGGUCUCGCAAAUGUUACUGCGACGUUUAUGAACCUACUGGGAUUUGAAGCGCCGGCUGAUUACGAGCCGACAUUGCUCAAGUGGACGUGAAAAAUAAUGUAUUUCUAUUGUCAGUCCCCUUGUAAAACGACUUCAUUAAAACCUUCGUCACAUUUGUCAUUUCCAUCCAUUGCGAAAGAUUCGUUCAGGAUAUGCGACUUCUUGAAUCCGACUUAAAGAUUGCUGGGAAGUUCUCAGCUACCCACCUAAUCCACUGUCAUGUCAGACUGCUUGGACUCACAAUGAAAAGGGUACUGUGAUGUACUGUAAUUUUCUGUAUUGCUUACGUGAUUUUUG